ACGAACUUAUUGCGGAAGCUUGAAGUACUGGAGUUGUUUUGUAUGUUUUGUUAUCAGGCGUUUAAAGAAAACUGUUUGUUCCAGUUAGUUAAGGGUUUUAAAUUUCACUCUUAUAAUAAGUGCGUUUUACAAGGAUAUACGGGUUAUACGGCAUCACGGUACGGUAAACAGAAUAUUUACAAAAUUGCAGUUAAGUUGUUCAACUAGCACAGCUGUCUUGAAUCCCUCCUAUUGGAGGACACAGGCAAAGAGGCAGGAUGCAGCCUGGAGUGGUGGCUUCUCUGGAGCUGCCACAAGGGGCCGCUGUGGCCGGAGAUCGAGGAGACCCGCCAGAGCCGCCUCUGAAGGAAGCAGGGACAUCUGAAUUGUGUGAUUUCAGCAGCCCCAAAGCGCAAACUUUUGAUCUCUUCAACAUGGUCAUUUCAUUCAAGAGGAUGGGAAUUUAUUUGGAGCCCCUAAGUGAUGCCUGGGAUGUUCUCAAGUACAUUUUGAGGUGGAAGAUGCCCAUUUGCUCCCUGCUAUGCUGCAUCACACUCAACAUCCUUUUUCUAACACUUAAUGAAGUGGCGUGGUUUUCCAUGUGCCUCCUGUGUACCUCUGUCCCUGCUGCUCUGGGAUAUCUCCAGGACUGUUCCCAGGACAAGGCCCCUGAGCCCGCACUGCAAAGGAAAAGACACCAUGCUGUGCAGAGACGAGACUUACAAACUGUGCACCUCUCCAGGCAGGAGGCCAUGCUGGAGGUCAAGGGCUUGUUGGUGCAGCUGGAUGAGAUCCUGUCUCAGGCCUGCCUCACUGCAGAGUCCAUGUACAGAGUACUCUACUGGGAGGAUCACAGUGCCUCGUUCCUGUUUUACGGCGGUCUCCUGACAGGUCUGUGUCUGGUCUAUGUUGUGCCUCUGUGCUGGGUCCUGGCAGCUGUCAAUAACGCCCUGUUUCUGUGGAACAGAGAUUUCUGUCGAGUGGUCUUGGAAAUCAGGGAGUCAUUCCAUCAGGGUCGGCUCAAAUCCCCAGAGGGAGAGACUGAAAACCCAGUGCUGGAACUGGGAGGGCUGGCAGACCAGACACCAACUCCCACCAGUGUGGAGGAUCUCUCACCGGGGAGCAUUGAGGAAGCAGAGGAGGCAGAGCCUGAUGAUGACUUUAAAGAUGCAAUUGAGGAGCCGCCUAUGAUACUGCCGGAGCCACCACUGGCUUUGAUGGAGGAAGAUGAAGUCUUACCCGGUGCUGCUGACUUUGAUAUGGCCCCUGACAAUGGCCUUCUGAGUAGGAAUGAGCCCAUCCGCAGCAAAGUGUCCAAACUUACUGAGAAACUUCGCAAACGCUACCCUACCAACAACUGUGGUAACUGCUCCAAUUGCAGUGCUGUCUUCUCUGUGCUGAAGAAGAGGAGGAGCUGUAGUAACUGUGGAAACAGUUUCUGUUCACGGUGCUGCUCUUACAAAGUCCCAAAGUCCUGCAUGGGAGCUACAGCUCCUGAGGCUCAGAGAGAGACGGUGUUUGUCUGCAGCCAAUGCCACCAGAUUCUCAGCAAGAAGGACUAAGAAUUCUCCCCUCCUCCUUCCUCCUCCUCUUUUCUCCUCCCUGGAGCCGCCAUGCUUUUCUCUGUCUUUCUGUCUUCUCUGUGACGGCUGGCAAUGUUCCAGGAUGCAGACUGGCUGAUUUUCCAGAGGACUGGUAGUUCCUGCAGGUCACCCAACCAAAGAGAUGCUUCCCCCCUCCACACUCUCUUGACCUCUUUACUGGUGCUUAACUUGCAAACCUAUGGCAACAUCAGCGCACAAAGAAUGAAGACUUGGUUUAUCGAAGUAUUUUGAAAGGACUUAUUUUCCUUUUAAGAAUCUUUGAAGAUCCUUUUGACCAUGUGAUCUCAGGGAAGAGAUCCAAACAUUUUCUCUGAGAAGUUUUCCAGUAACUACCAGGGUCCUAGUUUAUCCCAUGUUGCCGCAGACAAGGGGUUAUGGGAGGCCAGAGGUGCUGUCAAGGGGGAACAAUGCAGGGAGAGCUAGCUUCUGAGUCAUCUCUGUACUGAUUAGGACUGGUACAUUCAGCCAGGUUUCCAACAUGCCAUUAUAACUCCAGCACAAACAUACAUACAAAUUAAGUUUCAUGAAAUAUCUUGGCAAUAUGUGCAAAAACCAAUUAAUGAACUGAGAAGAUCUGUGUUUUUUGUUUCUUGCGUCCUUGCUGACAGUUUAGUUUCAGACUAAUUGAAAUUAAAACAAAUUGCAGGUUUAUUGAAGAUUACAUUUUGAAUGCAUUUUAGUACAGACGUAGAGGAGUGUUUGUUUUCUAAAGGCUAUGCACAGGUAGUUUGAGAUCAUUUGCUCUUAUUUUAAAACAUUUUUCUGUUGACAUUGUGUUAUCUUCAAAUCUAAAUGUUCAAACUGGCAAUUACAGAAUUCCUACUUUUCUCAAAGUUUGACACAGAACAGGGCAUCUGUUAUGCCCUUAAGAACAUGGAAGUCCUACAACAGCUCCAGCUAAGGAACCACUGGGAAAAGUGAAAAACUGCAUUAUAACAAAUACACAGGAGUAUGUGAACCAUUGACAAACAUCAUGCACAUGCACUCCCAAGAAAUUCAAUUCUAAUAGCAUUUCUUAGAGGGUUUUAAAUAAAGGCUAAAGACUAUGGCACAUUAGCCUUGAGAUCAUGAGUGGGAAUAAAUCAUACUGAGACCUUUGCAGAAUUGCAUGAUGCCUGUAUAACGAGUCAGAAAUGUUUUUCUUCCACAGUAAAUUAAUCCCAUUUCUGUUUUGAGGUAGUGUGGUAGAGAAAAGCAGAUUAACUGGGUCAAGUCACUAAUGUUUAGUCACGAGAAUCCAACAAUAAGAAAUAUAUCUCAGAAUGUAUUCACUGGAGAUGCACAGUAUGAUUAUGUUCAGUUAUCCACAUUAGACCAUAUCUUAGUUUAUAUUUCUCCUGCUCAGACACUAGUGAUCAUCUGUCUGUCAUUUUAAAUGCUCAUCUUCUGGAUCUAGGUUACCGAAAUGAAAAUUAAUUGCUUGUAAAUCGUUAUUUAAAUGGUCCACACCUGUUCUAUAAAGUAAUGUGCUCAGCCCUUGAAUACUGUGCUAGGGGCACCUUGGCCUAGAUUAUUUCAGGACCAGAAGGCAACAAUCGCAAGGGGACAAGAAUAAGCAUGCCUCCAACCAAGAUGGUAUCACUGCUUGGUACUAUUCAGUGACAUCAAAGGAAGUCUUCUAGGGGAAAAAAUAAUGUGUCAACAGUUCAUAUAUCCAAUGAUGCAACUGAGCCUUCCAAUCUGGACUCUUUCACUAGCACUUGUGUAGAAACCCCUGGCAUUAUACUUUCAAAAAGAAAAGGAACAGUGUUUUUUUUAUUUUAUUUUCUUAGAGUUCUUUUUGCAUUGCUUCCACAUAAAUAUUUCAUCUGGCAGAUCUAAUCUCCCUGUCGUUUCGAGUCGCUGCCUGCCUGCCUUGGUGCUGCAAGAGGAAGCUUCACCCAGCCUGAGGGCUCCAGCAUCUCUCCUUUUCACGCUGCCUGUGGAGAAUGUUAACAAACUGUCAGCACGAUCCCAGGCGAAUCCCUACAAAGCCACGCUGAUGAAUCAGUAGUAUAGAUACAUCACAAAAAAAGCAGGUGGGUUGGGAUCCAGUUUCCUGGUUACUUUAGAGGGAGUGGUUCUGCCACUGGGAAUUCCACAAAUGUUGUGGGAAUCUUUUGAACAAGGGAUCAGGAUCUGUGAGAUAAUGCUUGCCUUCCAAGUGUGACAUCCUGUGUAGGCACCGAGUUUCUCCACUGCGGUUGCCUGAGCUUCCUUGGUUUGACUUGCCAGUCACUCGCCAGACUUGCUUGGCCAUUUAAAUUCCAUUUAAAUGAACCACAGCACAAAAGAAACACUGGGCCUUACAAAAUAUAUCCACUUUUUGGUUUUGCUUAAUUUGUUUCUAUUUGUUUUGAAGCAGAUCUUGCAUUCUCUUAAAGAGUUAUUUUCCCUAAAACCCAAAGAAUUGUGCAAGAAAGUAGCGACAGUGGUCUGAAUAGACAAAAGCAGUCCCAUGACUACUUCAGAUAUUUUAAAACACUGUAAUUGUUCAAACAUAUGUAAUCAGAUUUUAGCUAAAUGUUACAAUUUGUUUUAUGAAACAAAGUAAAACAUCUAUAUUAUUCCAUGUGAAACAUGGGUAUCAGACAUUAAUCAGAAUGUCCUUGCAAGCAUUGAAUUUUGAGUCUAUGUGAAGUAGUUAACCUGCAUAAAUCAGACACCACUAGGGAGGACUUGGUUUAUGACCUGACUACUUAAUAUGCUGUAUUUAUACUUAAGAAUAGUAAAUCUAUAAACUGUGUUUGUAUUUUUGAUCAUUUCUGUAUAUGUUGGCAUUAAGAGAAAGUUUGUUUGAAUUUAUGUUUUGUUCCUUAAAACAAUGUCUACAGCCUUCCUAAUAAAUGCAUAUGGCAUGGAGACGAAAUG